AUGACGGAAAAGGAUGCAGGAAAAGAUAGACGCCUUAUGCAAAUUAAAUUGUUAGAAGCUAAGCGUCAAUUGUAUUUCUCUCAAAUAAAUAAGACCUUUCAACUAUCAUCGAAAACAGAUGAAAAAUCACGGCAUAAUUUCUUAUCACAAGCUCGCGCCGUCGAUCAAUUACGUAAAGAGUUUGUAACUUUGGUUGAUGAUAUAAAUUUAUUAAAUUUGGAAGUAGAUCCCGAUUAUAGUAUUAAUUACCAGCCGUUAUCAGCGUUUGACGACUUAUAUUAUUUUAUUAAGGAUAUCCUGAAUAGUAUGGAGAGACCAAACCCACAAUCGCAAGCCGUCACACAUGCAAUUACUCAGGAACAUACUAUUAAGAUUCCUCGCAUUGAAUUGCUUAUUUUCGAUGGUGAAUUACAAAACUUUCCUUAUUUUUACGAACCGUUUAAACGUGUUAUAGACGAAAAUAAAACGUUAACGGAUUCAGAACGUAUUCAUUAUUUAAUAAGCCACCUUUCCGGAAAGGCAAAACAUAUAUGUGCUGGUAUAGUCCCGGCAGCAGAUAAUUACGUAAUUAUUUGGCAAACUUUACAAAACAAAUACAAGGAUAACAGAGCUUUAGCUACGACAUAUCUAAAUCAGUUAUUUGCAUUAAAGAAUAUUAACGGUCCCUCUGCAAUAAAUUUAGAAAAUUUGGUAGAUAAAUACGUGGCCACGAUCGCAGCACUCAAACAACUUAAUAUAGAUAAUUUAAGUGACUUUAUUUUUGUUUACAUGGGCCUAAAGCUUGUAGAUUCCGAUACUGCGAAGUGUUUCGAAACAACUGUUCGUAGUCAAACGGACAUGCCUAAAUACGACGAUUUUGUUAAGUUCUUACGAGAACAGGUAAUAAUUUGGUAUCGAACCAGCACUUCAUCACAAACUCGUGGCAGUUCCAUGGCACCGCAUCCCAACUCGGGUAGUCGCCCAUCUAGCUCACGGGCUUUAACCGUGCCGCCACGCGUCUUAGUUUCCACGCAGCAAGGUCGUACUUGGCCAUGUAAGCUUUGCAACAACACGGCGCAUACGCACCUCUAUGCAUGUAAACUUUUUGCUAACCUUUCGGCUGCCGACAAAUUUAAAUUCGUUAAGGACAAUCGUUACUGUGUUAAUUAUUUGAGUAACCAACAUACCUUGCAUUGCAACUUUUAUUGCAACUCAAACACUUCUUGUCGCAAGUGUAAUGCCAGGCAUCACACGUUGCUUCAUUUUGGAAAUGAACCAUUUGCAGCGCAGUCGUGCACCGCCACUGUAGCCGUGAACGAGGAACAUGAUACUAGUGAAAUACUGAACUCACUAGAACUUGAAGAAGAAUCUUCUUCCGAUCAAGUGCGUGACGGUUAUUUGGUUGCAGAAGAAAAUCCAGAAGUAUCGUAUUGCUCGUUGUCUUAUACAAAAUGUGAUUCAUCAUCAACAACGCAAGUUCUCGCAACCGCAAAGGUUUAUGCCACCGGUCGCAAUGGUCGCGAUGCAAUAGUUAGAUGUUUACUGGAUCCUGGUUCCCAGAAACAUUAUAUAACAACAAAAUGUUGUUCAAAACUACAGCUAAAGAUCAAAACUAAUUCACCUGUAACGGUGAAGAGAAUAGGUGGCUCAUCACAGAUAGUCAAGGGGGCGGCAAAUAUUUCUUUUCGAUCUCGAUUCAAUAAUACAAGAUUUAAUACUCAGGCUCUAGUGUUAAAUUGA